AUGAGUCCUCUGGGCCAGGUUAGUGUGCAGCCUACCUGGAACGCAGCCCUGCUUGCCGUGCUCUCACUCAUGGUGCCUGCUCUCAGUAUGUGCCAGUCCACAGGUCCUGAGUUGGGCUCAGUUAACCCACAGAACUGUCCAGGUGUGUGCUCCUGCACUAACCAGCUCAGCAAGGUGGUGUGCACCCGCAGAGGCCUGAUUAGGGUCCCGCCGAACAUCCCAGCCAACACCAGGUACCUGAACCUGAUGGAGAACAGCAUAGAGACCAUACAGGCAGAUACCUUCAGACACCUGCAUCACCUGGAGGUACUACAGUUGGGCAGGAACGCUAUCAGGCAGAUCGAAGUGGGGGCUUUCAAUGGCCUGACCAGUCUCAAUACCCUGGAGCUUUUCGACAACAGACUGACAGUCAUACCCAGCGGGGCUUUUGAGUAUCUGUCAAAGUUGAGAGAAUUGUGGCUUAGAAACAAUCCCAUUGAGAGCAUCCCCUCCUACGCCUUUAACCGCGUCCCCUCUCUCAUGAGACUGGACCUGGGAGAGCUGAGGAAGUUGGAGUACAUCUCUGAUGGGGCGUUCGAGGGCCUCCACAACCUCAAGUACCUGAACUUGGGGAUGUGCAAUCUGAGGGAGUUUCCUCAUCUGUCGCCUCUGGUGGGAUUGGAGGAGUUAGAGAUAUCAGAGAAUGUUUUUCCUGAACUGAAGCCCGGGGCCUUCCGCGGGCUCAAGAAUUUACGCAAACUGUGGAUUAUGAACUCGGCCAUUACUACCAUCGAAAGGAAUGCGUUUGAUGACAUCACAGCCUUGGUGGAGCUCAAUUUAGCCCACAACAACCUGUCGUCCCUGCCCCACAACCUCUUCACCCCUCUACAGUACCUGGUGGAGCUACACUUACACCACAACCCUUGGCGAUGUGACUGUGAUGUAGUGUGGCUCUCUUGGUGGCUCAGAGAAUACAUUCCCACGAAUUCCACCUGCUGUGGACGCUGCCACACCCCAGUCCACAUGAGAGGACGGUACCUGGUGGAGGUCGAUCAGACGACCUUUCAGUGUUCGGCGCCGUUCAUACUCGACGCUCCGAGAGAUCUGAACAUUUCGGCGGCGAGGGUGGCGGAACUGAAGUGUCGCACGGCCGCCAUGAGCUCAGUCCGAUGGCUUCUCCCCAAUGGGACUGUACUGACCCACGGUUCGGCUCACCCGAGGAUAUCCGUCCUCAACGAUGGAACGCUCAACUUCUCCAACGUUCUCCCGUCAGACACGGGCGUCUACACCUGCAUGGUGAGCAACAUGGCGGGAAAUUCCAACGCAUCGGCCUACUUAAACGUCAGCAAUGCCGAACUCAACACAUCCAAUCUGUCCUACUUCACCACCGUAACAGUGGAAGUUUUGGAGCCCACAGUGGAGGAGACCCCUAAACCCAAGCCUACUGUCCCCGCCUCACCCUCUGUCUUUCAACCUGUCUUUAUCUCCACACCUACUGUGCUGUUCCAAAACACUCAGACUCCAAGGCAGGUGUCGAUUCCUACUGCCAGAGUCCCUAGUGGGCCAGCCGCAAGCCUGGAUGAGGUGAUGAAAACCACCAAGAUCAUCAUUGGCUGUUUUGUUGCUGUUACCUUGCUGGCAGCUGCCAUGUUGAUUGCAUUCUAUAAGUUGCGUAAGAGGCAUCAACAGAGGAGCACGGUGGCAGCAGCCAGGACCAUAGAAAUCAUACAGAUGGAGGAAGAAGUUCCUCCUGUUCCACCACCCACGUCUGGAUCUAGUGGCUCUGACGACACAGGGUUGGUACUGCCUACAUUAGUGGAACAUAACAGCAACACCUUUAAGCCUGGGUAUGUGUCCUCUUCCACCUCAUCCCGCCAGGGGGGCUAUGGAGCCCACUGGACCCAGAACAACUCUCUUCAUCGCUCAGUCAGACAGCAUCACAGCCACAUCAGCACCAUUGCUGAUCCAUACGUUAUUAAGACUAGUCACGGCAAGGAGAAGGUUCAAGAGACUCAGAUCUGA